AUGUCGUCGUCGUUUGUUCGUUCGUUAGGCGCUUGCUUCAGAGCGAGUGACGGGGCGACAGGACUGGCGAUAUACUGGCGCACAGCUUCGAUCGAACUCGCCGACAAGAAGGGAUACACUCUGCAGACGCUGCUGGAAGAGGGGCUGGAGCGGAGCGGACUCGCCGGCGAGGAACGGGAGGCCGCGCGCGCUGUCGUCUGCGAACCGUCGACCAGUGCUGCCCUCUACGCGCGGCUGAAGUGCCGCGGCGGUGGCGCCCCCUUCUGCGUCGGCAACGUUCACCUGGACGCGAUGCGCAUGAAGCUGCCGAACAUACAGGCGCUGCAGGUGGCGUCGGCGGCCAACGGCCUGGUCAGCUUUGCCGGGUCGAGCUCGACGCCGCUGCUGCUGUGCGGUACCCUGGGCAUCAGACCCUCUCUGCCUGGUUACCAGCUGCUGAAGGAUGGCUAUCUAAGCUCAGAGAUGAUCGAGAAGCUGCAGGCGGCGAUGGAUGUGCAGCUUCCGAGCGGGGAGAAGAAGGCUUUGGUGAAUCUGAUGUGGAAGAGCUUCCAGCACACGGCGGCCAACCUGCGCAGCGCCUACGCCAGCGCCCUCGGCCAGGAGCCGGACUACACGUGCUACGGCAGCGCGGAGCGCGGGGGCGGCGGUUGCCACGACUACAUCUGGUACUCCGGCGACAGCCUGCAGCUUCUCGGCUGCCUGGAUACGGUCGCCGCGGCGACAGCCGGCGAGCACGACGUGGCGUCGUCGCGACACCUACCGCUGAAGGCAAAACUCUGCUUCUUGUGAGCGCGUUCUUUUCCCCAGUAGGGGGCGCCGCGUUUUGCGCGAGGAGCCGCGCUCCUAGGGGGCGCUGCGGUCGCGCGAGCGGCGGAGGGCGACGUCGAGUGGCGCGACUUUUGCCGCGGCGCGCGUCGGAAACUCGGGGGAGUCUUCGUCGUCGCGGCGACGGUCCCCUUGCGGUUGCCACGGUAACGGUUUAGUUGACCGAGGCGUCGCCGCACCUUGUAUUGUUAUUUUUUUUGUCGAAUUAACGUUUUACAUUGUUUUCUUCACGUAGCCGGAGUAAUCUGUCGCCACUGUAGGGAUGAGCGAGUUCCCCGG